AUGUGUAUCGUUAUUGGUUUUAUAAUCAUUCUUUAUAUCUUCUAUCGCUUAUAUCAACAUUUUUUUCCAUCACCAAACAUUAAUCCUAAUGGUAAAUAUGUUCUUAUAAGUGGUUGUGAUACUGGAUUUGGUCAUGGAUUAGCUAUUGAACUUGAUAAACAAGGUUUUAAUGUUCUUGCUGGUGUCUUCGUUCCUGACAAUGUAACUUCCCUUAAAGAAAAACUUUCAUCAAGAGCUACAGUUUUUUGUCUUGACAUUACUAAAGAGGAAGAUAUUGAUGCUGCAUUUGUAUUAGUCAACGAGAAAACAAAAGUUCUUCAUGCACUUGUUAACAAUGCUGGGAUUGCGGCUAUCGGUUAUAUUGAUUGGACAUCAAUGGAAAUUAUGCGUAAGGUAAUGAAUGUUAAUUACUUUGGACAUGUUGCAAUGACAAAGAAAUUCUUACCUUUACUUAUUGCUAAACGUGAUUCACGUGUUGUUAAUAUUUGUUCUAUAUUGGGUUUUUUCUCAUUAUCAAGUUUGUCCGCUUAUUGUACAUCAAAAUAUGCACUUGAAUCAUUUUCGGAUUGUUUACGUCGAGAAAUGGUUCCAUGGGGUUUACGUGUUAGUAUUAUUGAACCAGGAUUUAUGCGAACGCCUAUUCUCGAAAGCGGUCCUAAAUCAUUUGCAGAUCUUUGGAGUUCGAUUUCCAGUGAUGCUCAAGAACGAUGGGGAGAAGAUUUUCUUAAAGCCGGAUUUGUUGCCGUAAAAAACAACCCAUUGUUCAAAUAUGCCGAAGAUCCGAUGAAAGUUGUGCGAGUUCUUCAACAUGCUGUUAUGAAUACAGUUCCUCAUAUUCGCUAUCGACCUGGUUGGCAAUCAAGUCUUAUUCUCUUUCCAAUUUCUAGAUUACCUGCUUGGAUUGUUGAUUGGGUUUUGACUAAAUUAGAUAAAUCAAUUCCUGUUCCUGCAGGUGUUUCUCAACAACUUAAAGACUAA